AUGCAACAGCACAAAAUCCAUGGUGACUUCAUCUUGAUUGCACCCAACCACGUUUCCAUCAAUAAUCUAGAGGCAGUGAAUACCAUCUACGGUCACAAGUCUGGUUUCGUCAAGAGUGACUUCUACGAUGCAUUCCUUCAAGUCGCACCGGUGGUCUUUAAUGUCAGAGAUCCUGAUGCUCACCAGCGGAAGAGAAAGUUUUUGAAUCCCGCAUUUUCUGCAAAAGCGCUUUCUGAUUUUGAACCGCACAUGAACACUGAGCUGCUGGCAUGGAAAAAGAGGCUUUUAGAAAUGGUGAAGGGAGGGAGCGCGUCGGUCGACUUUGUUACGUGGACAAACUACCUUGCUUUUGAUGUCAUUGGUCGCUUUGCGUUUGGUUCAUCUUUCGGAUUUAUUGAGAAAGGAAUGGAUCCAUACAACCUCAUUGCUACCAUUGACACACGAGGGGAAGUUCUCAAUGCCUUAGGCUCACUCCCAUCUUGGAUUCGACCUUGGAUGAAGUACAACUAUCUCGAUCCCUUCUGGAGCGCUGGUCUGCGCGCAAGGGCCAACUUGGAAAGCAUUGGCCGGGCAGCGUAUCAACGACGCAAGAACCACAACCAUCCUGAAAAGGACCUUUUGUCAUUUCUGUUCCAUGCAAAAGAUGACAACGGUUCGAUUGCAGAACAAGAAAUAAUCGCUGAAUCGAUCAGCUUUAUAGUUGGAGGUAGUGAUACGACUAGCAGCACGAUAACGAAUUUCAUAGACUUUGUAUCGCGGGACCCAGCUCUUCAAAAAGAGCUGCAGGCUGAACUGGACAAGGCUUUUCCCGGAAGGCAAAAUGGUGAUUGGGUGGCUCCUGACGACGUCGUUCAACAUCUACCACUGUUAGUCGCCACACUCCGUGAGGUUUUGCGCAUCCGGCCCACGAGCGCAACAGGACUAGAACGCAUUGUACCUGAAGGUGGUAGAACUAUUGCAGGCGUCUUUUUCCCAGCAGGUACAAUCGUUAGUGUUCCAACUUGUGGUUUGCUGAGCAACGAGAGAGUUUUUGAGGCCCCGGAGAUGUUCCGUCCGCAGAGAUGGAUGACAGACGAUGCCAAAGAUAUGAUGGCCUACUUUCUUCCCUUCUCUACCGGACCAAGGGCUUGCAUCGGACGAAGGUUUGCUUGGAUGGAAAUACUGAAGGCCGUAGCGGUAUUAUUCAAGCUAUUUGACACGGAAAGAGUUAACAAGAAGCCGACCAUCAUUCGUGAGGGCUUCUUCAACAAAACCUCGGAGUGUGAAUGCGUCAUUAGGUUAAGGCAUGAAGGCACACUGACAGAAAAAGAACUCGAAUAA